CCUCUCGCUCUCUCUCUCUCUUCAAAGCCUUUCUCUCACUAAAAAAAAUAUUUUUUCAACGGCCGACCCGUGCAGACGUCCCAGAAACUCUUCCUCCUGUUUUAUCUCUUCCCCUUUUAUCAGCGCGCGCACACACACAAUACAAAGAGACAGAGAGAGAGAGAGAGAGAUCUCCGAUCUGAAGGACCUGUUUCUAGGGUUUCUUCUUCGAAAAAUGGCCGCCCCACCUGUUAGAGCUCGAGCCGAUUACGAUUACCUUAUAAAACUCCUCUUGAUCGGCGACAGUGGAGUUGGUAAAAGUUGCCUCCUUUUGCGUUUCUCAGACGGGUCCUUCACCACUAGCUUCAUUACAACCAUAGGCAUUGAUUUUAAGAUAAGGACCAUAGAGCUUGAUGGCAAACGAAUCAAACUACAAAUCUGGGAUACUGCUGGUCAAGAGCGAUUUCGAACAAUUACAACUGCUUACUAUCGAGGGGCCAUGGGUAUUUUGCUGGUGUAUGAUGUAACUGAUGAGUCUUCUUUCAAUAACAUUAGGAAUUGGAUUCGUAACAUUGAACAGCAUGCUUCUGACAAUGUUAACAAAAUACUGGUUGGUAACAAGGCUGACAUGGAUGAAAGCAAAAGGGCUGUUCCUACAUCAAAGGGCCAAGCACUUGCUGAUGAAUAUGGCAUCAAAUUCUUCGAGACUAGUGCAAAAACAAAUAUGAAUGUGGAGGAGGUUUUCUUUUCAAUAGCAAGGGAUAUAAAGCAAAGACUUGUAGAGACCGACUCCAAGGUUGAGCCUCAAACCAUCCGGAUUAACCAACCGGACCAGGCAGGAGGGGGUGCUCAAACUGCGCAAAAAUCAGCUUGCUGUGGAUCUUAAGGAGACGUAUUUGUGUCAAACACGUAUCAGAAGUGUACAUCUUCAAGGUGAUCAUUUUUGGUUGGGGAAAACCAAUCUUGUCGAGGUGGUAUUGGUGUUUCUUGUAUGGUUCUUGCUAUCAUCAUUUUCUGCUACUUCUCAUUUUUGUGUUUGAAUGGUAGUCUUAUUUGAGAAAUGAAUUUAAAUACAAGUUAUUAUUUUUCUCUUUAACACCUAAAUUUUAUUUUCUUGAAUUAGGAAGAUAAAUAGCAAGUCUUAUAUUUUUCUCAUUA